UCAAAAGUUUGAGUCAUCUACUAUCUUCAAGCGAUUGAGUCUAAGACAGAAAAUAAAAUUGGACUUGUACAACCUUAUUAUAAAGCAAACCAUACUCACUUGCUGCCAUCAUCCUUAUAAAGCAAAGCAUACCAUUCAAUCUUAAAUCAGCCACUCAUUUCCAUAUCUAUCUAUCUAUCUAUAGCAACUCUCCUCUUAUAAUAGAAUGGAAGCUGUUGAAGAUGUAGUGAUUGUAGGAGCAGGAAUAGCAGGACUCACAACUUCUUUAGGCCUUCACAGGUUUGGGAUCAGAAGCUUGGUUUUGGAAGCAUCAGAUACUCUGAGGGUCACUGGGUUUGCAUUCACUACAUGGGCUAAUGCUUGGAAAGUGUUGGAUGGACUUGGAAUUGGUGAUUCCCUUCGCCAAAAACAUAAACAACUUGAUGGGAUGGUUGUAACUUCAACUACUUCAGGACAACCUUCUUCACGAUUACCGUUUAAGUCACAAAACUCUGAAGUUCGUUGUGUUGAGAGGAAGUUGCUGUUGGAAGAUCUUGUAAAAGAACUCCCAGAUGGCACCGUUAGGUACUCAUCCAAAGUGGUAUCCAUUGAGGAGUCAGGCCACUUCAAGCUUCUAAAUCUUGUUGAUGGAACCAUCAUUAAGACCAAGGUGUUGAUUGGUUGUGAUGGGGUGAACUCAGUGGUUGCAAAAUGGCUAGGCUUCAAGAAACCGGCCUCUACGGGGCGGUCAGCCAUCAGAGGGUGUGCAUAUUACAGUGGGAGUCAUGGAUUUGGCCCUGAGUUCAAGCUGUUCAUUGGAAAAGGAUUCCGAUCCGGGUUCCUCCCUUGCAAUGAUUCAGCCAUGUAUUGGUUCUUCACUUGGACUCCUUCCAGCCAAGAUGGUGAUCUUGAAGAAAACACAACAAAACUCAAGGAAUUUGUGCUAAACAAACUUCAAGACCUACCUGAUCAAGUAAAGGCUGUUAUAGAAACAACUAGAACUGACAUAGACGAUGUCAUAUCAUCUCCUCUCAGGUACAGGCAACCUUGGGAGCUCCUAUGGGCAAAUAUCAGCAAAGGCAAUGUCUGUGUCGCGGGCGACGCCCUCCACUCCAUGACACCUGACAUUGGCCAAGGAGGGUGCUCAGCCUUAGAAGAUGGCUUCAUUUUGGCUCGGUGCCUCGCCACAGCCUUACUGAAAAAACCUAGUGGUGGAGGAGAGGAAGAGGAGUGGAAGUGGAUUGAAAUGGGGUUGAAAAGCUAUGUCAAACAGAGGAGAUGGAGAAGCAUUGAUCUCAUUACCACUGCUUAUAUGGUUGGCCGCAUACAGCAAAGUGAAGGGAAGUUGAUGAAUUUCUUAAGUGACAGAGUUUUGAGUCCAAUACUGCCUGGUUUGUUGUUGAAGAAAUCUAGUUUUGAUGUUGGGAGGCUCAACAUAGCUUGAUAGAUGCAAUUUGUUGCAAAUGCUGUGAAAUUUUAACGAUUAUACAUUUUGAAGUAACUGGUGAUUAUGUUAUGUAUAUAUUAGUAAUUAUCAAGCAACUUUACUUUUCAUAACCGAGAA